ACUCUGAGCUCCUCCUGAAGUUUGGAGCUGCUUCAUGGAGGAGGUGUCUCAUUAUGCCUCCGCUCUGGUGGGCGGGGUCAGUGUCUCAUUUGACGCGGUCUGAUUGGACACGGCUGGUGUCACUCAGGGGUUAAGCUACAGGUAAUUGGUCAGCGGAGUUCCUCUCAUCUCCUUCUCAACUCGACGGUGUCCAUCUGAGACUCGGGUCCGACUCUGUGGCGACUGUCGUGUGGCGCACUUGUCCAACUUCGUCCGGUGUCGACAGCAGACUUACCGGAGGGGAUUCCCGGUGCGGUUUCACAGCUCAUCCCGGUAGAACUUUGUCACAGGAGGUAACUGAGCCAGAACUUUACCGAAACAUAAACUUUUUCCACCUCAGAAGACAGUUUGAAAAAAAAGAAAAAUGGCAGACAGCGUGGAGCAUGAAGUCUCUUCCACCACCCCUCUAUUCAGCGAGGACGUGCACCACUACCAGGCCGAGCCGGACUCCGAGCUGGACCAGCCCAAACCAGACCUCUUCAGCGCAGAUGAUAUUGUGGACUUGGUCGGCGGGGCUCAGGACGCCAUCAACCGCCACUUCGCUGAAGACAGUGCGCCACACGAGUCCACGGAAACUUCCCUCUCUCCUCCAGAGGAGCCGGUAACGUUACUGGAGCCGGAACCGGUGUCGGUGCCAGAGCCUGAGCCUGAACCUGAGCCUGAACCUGAGGUAGAGACUGCCGCCCCAGACUCCACCAGCUUCUCUUUUGUUCCUGAAACUGCUUCAUUUGCAGAGGAGCCUGAAGUCGUCGCCCCCGAAGCCGAACCGGAGAGUACAACGAUCAUUCCGGAGCCACAGGCUGCCCCCGAGCCAGAACCUGCCCCGGAGAGCGACGCCCUCCCAGUGGCUGAACCCCGGAAAGCAGCUCCAGCCCCCGCAGAGGCAUCAGAGCAACCUGCGGUGACAGAGGAAGCACCGGCUCCAGCAUCGUGUCUUCUUCAGAGCUGGAGCCCAGACUACAGCAGAGAUGUACCUUCUCCUUCUAAAGCUCAGCCUCAUCCUCUGAUGCAAUUCCCUACAGCACUUGGGCAGAAGGGUGAUUCCCCUGCUCCCAUCUCUCCUCUCUCCCCUCUUCACUCCCCCGACUCUCUGGAGGAGCUCUCUCUGACCGAGAGUCCCAACCAGCCCCCUACUUCAGGAUCUACUGCACCCUUGGGCUCCUUCUCCACUGAACCCCCCACUAGUCAUUCCAAGGACAUGUCUUGGAUGAGUGAAGAGGGUGACUCUGGACCAGGCCAUAGUAAGAAUAAAGAAGACCUUCUAGAUCCAUUAGCUGGUCCUUACCUGAGUUUAGGGAAAGACCCAGGGCCUCAUAAUCCUUGCGAAGACAGUGGAGUUUCCUUUUCACCUGAGGAGAAGCUGAUUAGCUCAGACAGGUCCUCCACUGGCCCUUCCCCAGUGAACCCCCAGAUGAAGGUCCCUGAGUCUCACCUUGCCUCCUCUAACCCAACAGAGCACUGGGAUUCACCAUUCCUAUCAUCUCAAGACAACGCCAAGGUCUCCAUGGAUAACUUCUCCAAAGACACGACUCCCAUUAGCUCCUCCAGGUAUGAACAAGAUAUGCAUGGCAACCAGUCAGAUGAAGAAGAUGACCUCAUGUAUGAGGUGAAGAAGAAUAAUAACCCCUUUGAAGGCUAUUCCCCAUUGGCGGACAGUGGCUACUCCCACUUUGGAGACUCCAAGUCCGACAGCAGGGCCUCAAAAAUGUCAGAGAGCCCGACUCCAGAUCUGGUCCAGUAUGGUCAGACUGGAGAAUCCCAGGAUGCCCUGCCAUCUUUCUUGGAUGAGGGGAAAAUAUUUGAGACAAGCAAGAUGGCUGCUGACUCACUCAUGCAGUCAGUGAGUCAGUUCUCAUCUGGCCUCAAAGGUGAUGAUGAAGAGGAAGAGGAGGAUUCUGCUCUGCCACCCUCGCUUCCAGACAUCCUGAAGUCUUCUCCACUCAACCCUGACAAAAUCGACUCUGGCUCCUCAGAGGGAAGCCCGGAGGAGCAGAGUCCCAUUCUUGAACGCAGAAUGAUGGAGUCACCCAACCCUCCAAUCAAUUUGUCUGCCAACAACCCAUUUGCCUUUGAUGCUAAAGUGUCCCUGCUGAAAGAGAUGACUGAGGAGAUGGAAGUGAGAGCGGCCGACAAAGCAAAGGUUGAAGACGACAAAAGCUUUGGCGCAUUUGAUCUUGUGAAAGAGGCAGAGGAAACCACCCCUACUAAGGCAAAAGAAGAGGAACCUGUCAAGAUCGAGCAGAAAGAUUGGUUUUCAAGCCAUGAUUCUCCCAAAAUGACCGAAAAGUUUGAGCCACUUGACUUCCAGAGCAAAAAGACCCCUGGUGAGGACUCUGAUUCGGAGUCACCAACAGCAGACUCCCUGUCUCCAGUCCUGGAAGCUAUGGCCAAGAACCCCGCCAGCUUCCAGGUGGAAACUGAGACAAAGAACCUGGCGAUGGAGAUAGAAGAGCCAGAGGUGGCUGAGGAGAUCUCUGAGCAUGAAGUCUCCUCUGAGGAGUUUGAGUUCAUUGAGCGACCACCCAGGGGUGUCAUCGAUGAGUUUCUUGAGGCUCUGGAUACAUCUAAGUUUGCCUCCUCCAAUCCCCCAGAGAUCCCCAUGGAUGAUGAUUUGAGCUUUCAGCAGAAGGAUGUGGCUCCAGUUUCUGCUACUUCCCUACCUAAACUAGCCCCAACCCCCAAGGUUGAGGAGGAGGCUCCGAGUCAGAGCUCGUACCGCAUCCUCACCCCGGCCUCCCCCCAGAAGAGCAAGGCCGAGCUGGAGAAGCUCAACAUUCAGCAGCCCCCACCCCAGGUUCCACUCACCCAUUCCCCCAUCCGCAAACCAGAGGAGAUGGUCACCAAGAAGAGCAUGGAGGGCGCCAAACUGUUUAAGAUGCCAAACGUGAACAUAAGAGCAGUGGUGGAUCUCCUCUACUGGCGUGAUGUGAAGACCACAGGCGUUGUGUUCGGCGCCGCCCUGCUGCUCCUCCUCUCCCUGAUGGUGUGCAGCAUCGUCAGCGUGUGCUCCUACAUCGGCCUGGCUCUGCUCUCAGUAACCAUCUGCUUCAGGAUAUACAAAGGCAUCCUGCAGGCCAUCCAGAAGUCAGAUGAGGGACACCCAUUCAAGCAGUACCUGGACCAUGAGGUGGCGCUGUCUGAGGACAUGGUCCACAAGUACAGUGACAUGGUUCUGGCCAAGCUCAACAAAACCAUCAGUGAAUUAAGACGCCUGUUCCUGGUCGAUGAUCUGGUCGACUCCAUCAAGUUUGCCGUGUUGAUGUGGAUCCUGACCUACGUUGGUGCCUUGUUCAAUGGGCUCACUCUUCUUAUUCUGGGUUUGGUUGGAGCGUUCAGCUGCCCAAUCAUCUAUGAGAAACACCAGACUCAGAUCGACCACUAUCUGGCUCUCGUCAAUAACCAGGUCAAAGACGUUGUUGGAAAGAUCCAGGCAAAGGUGCCAGGGAUGAAACGUAAAGCGGAGUGAAGUAACGAAAAGUGGGAGUUUGGAUUCAGGAAGUCCUGAGAGGAAGAUGGUUGUUGGGGAGGGGGUUGUGUGAGGGGAGGGGAGGGGAGGGUGAGGUGGUUAUGAAGAGAGGCAUGAGGAGACGAGGCGUCUGGCGUGGCCGCAGCCCUUCUAACUUUGUUUGUCAAAAUAAUAAAAACACUUGUUUUCCACUUCAGAAUUCCUUUUUUUGUGUUUUCUGGAAAAGUUGAAGCAGGUCAGAGUUCAGCUGAGGUUUGCGACAUCGAUGUCGCCUUGAUGAUAUGUAAUUUUCUUAUUUUAAUGGAGUUUUGAAAUGUUUGUUUCUGUGAGAAACACAUUUUAAACUUCUGUAAUCUUCCCUCUUCCACCCAGUGCAAUGUGGGAGUAGAAUGCUCCUUCAUUUUGACUCGGUGGGGGUUGUGUUUGUCAUUUUGUGUUUUCCCUUCCCGCAGCCGAGCCGAGCGGAGAGAUAUGUCUUUCUUCCUCUGCCAUUUUUGUUAAAGUCGAGCAUCAAACGGCUCUUCAUUUGUAAUUUUUCUUAUUUUGGUAUUUUGAGUUCAGAGUUAGAGGUACUGAGUGAUUUAACCAUCGUGUCCCUCAAGCUUCGAGCUUGUUUCCUCUAUAACCUGCUGCGUGGUUUUUCCUCGAUGUGAUGAAUGAUGAAUUUGUGAAUGCCGUCUUUGACUCCUGAUGAGGCGGCAGGGAGGGGAGGGAUGUGGGGAGGGAGGGGAGGGUGCGGGGGCUUGUACUACCAUUUAAAGUCUUUCAUUGCUUCUCAGUAACUCUAGCUAGAAUCAUCUAGAAAACCUUUGCCAGACAAAUAAAACACAUGAAUUACAUAGAAGUUGUUAUUUCCAUGUCAUUGCAGCUGUCUAGUAAUGAAAACUCUGGAAGAAACACGUUUACAUUCAUCAACAUCAGAUAAAAUAUUUAAAAAGUGACAAAAAAAGAAAUGGGAUUUAAAGAAAAAAAUAAAUAACCAUACUGUCUGUGGAGCCAAUAUCUUAAUAAAGUUGCAACUUGAUGUGACUUUGGGAAACCUUCAAGCAUUUGUUUGUUAUGCAAGUAUAAUUGUGAAUGAUAAACUUCAUACUUCAAUUGUGACGAUAAAAAGCUUCCAGCCGGGAGCCGUGUUUGUGGAAUGCAUUGUGAGAUGUAAACAAUUAUCAAUAAAGCUUCUAGACGAAGAAAAUCCA